AUGUGCCCGUCAAGACUAGAGCCAGAUGGCCUUCCAGCCAAUGAGUUCUCCAUCUUGACGCCCAAUGCUAUGCUUGGCUACGGGUACAACUCAGAUCAUUUUUGGUAUGGUAUCAAAAAGUAUAGGCCCGCAGCUAUCAUCGUGGAUAGUGGCUCUACCGACGGCGGACCAUACAAGCUUGGAAUGGGCAAGAUGACUUGUGGUCGAGGAUCGUACAUCCGCGACCUGGAGCCCAUUCUGGCCGCAUGUUUCCACCACAAGAUCAAGGUGCUCAUAGGCUCUGUGGGCGGCGAUGGCAGCAACAAGCAUGUCGCUGAAAUGCUUGCCAUCGUUUCCGAGAUCGCCGAUCGAGAGGGUUACUCAUUUAAGAUUGCAACUAUCGAGGCGGGGAUAGACCGAGAACUCAUCAAAGGACGUCUAGCCGAUGGUCGUGUUGGCCCGUGUGGUCCUGUAGAUCCCUUGACUCAAGAAGAUGUGGAAUCGGCCGUCGACGUCCGCGUUCUGCCCGAUAUUGCAUGGCAUAUGGGCAAGAUCAUGGAGUGCGGCGGCAUCUGUGCCGUUCCCAAAGGGCGGUCUAUGAUUGCCACCAUGCGCAAGGACUCGUUUGAUCUCACGCCUCUGUCGCCAGCAGAACGAUGUACUCCCCUGUCAGUUGCUGCACAUACGCUAUACGAAAAGACAAGACCCGACCGCCUCCCUGGUCCUGGGGGUGUGCUUGAUCUCGACAAUGCAUCGUACGAACAGGUCACAGAAAAGACCUGUCGAGUUUCUGGGGCAAAGUUCAUCACGACUCCGUACCAGGUGAAGCUCGAGGGCGUUACUCACUUGGGUUACCGGACCAUCUUCAUUGGCGGCAUCAGAGACCCAAUUCUGAUCGGCCAGAUCAACGACUUUUUGGAGAGGGUCCGUCAGUACUCACAGAAUCUCUUCCCUGAACUCGACCAGUCUGAGAAGUGCCGGCUCAUCUACCAUGUUUACGGACAGAACGGCGUCAUGGGUCCACUAGAGUCUGAGAAGUCCACACCUCAUGAGAUAGCCGUCAUGGGUGAGGUCGUUGCGCCAACAUCGGAGCUGUCCCACACCAUUGCGAACAACGUCAGGGCAUCCAUCUUGCACUUCCCAUAUCCAGGUCAAGUGGCUACCACAGGCAACUUCGCGAGCCCUCUUUCACCGCACGAGCAGGAUGCUGGCGGUGUCUUCAAGUUCAGCCUAUACCAUCUGGUAGACCUCAACGAGGGAGAGGAGACGUCGUUGUUUCCUAUCACAAGCCAUCAAGUCGGUUCUACGCAAGCUUCCCCUACACCUCUACCGAUCUUGGCAGAUAAGACAUUCAAAGAACUUGACAAUGGCGAACUCGCACCCCUCACUACCAAAGAUGUCCCCAACCACAACACCGAGCUCAAGAAUCUGGCACGCAUCAUCCGUUCAAAGAACUCUGGGCCGUUUGAGAUGACUUUCGACGUCAUGUUUGACCAGAAGCACGUUUACGAUCGUGUCAAAGCCUCCAAUGUCUUGACUAACAAAACCAUCAAGAAGCUCUACCAAGUCAAGGACGAUGAUAUCCUUACCAACAUGUACUUUGAGCCUGCACUGGCCUGGAAGUGUACCAUCAAGCGACCAUGGGCCCAGGGAAGUGUAGGCGAGUUGGAUACUCUUGGCACGCAGCAGCAUGGUCCACUUCUGAACAUUAUGGUGCCUGCCUUCAAGCCCGAGAGCAAUGGUGCGGUGGACGGCAUUACCAGGACCAACGGCAUCUCCAAGGCCAACGGAUACGGGCGAAGCUCAUUCACAGCCAAGCACGUAGUCGAGGAAAUUUGGCAGGGUCUGGGCCUCCCUACCGAAGCGCUCAGCUCACUCGAUCUCCCCGGGGACGAUGGAAAGCCUCAACUUCCUUCCUCGUACAAGAUCGGUAUCCUGGCCCAGAGCUCAAUUGCUUUGUCUGCGCUGGCAGCGGCUCAGAUUGAAGCCUUACGCGCCGACUCAUCGGUUCCUCAUGUUCAAGUGCCUGCUGAGCAUGCAACCGUCGAGUUCAAGUCCGAGAGGCUUUACAUCCUCGAUGGAAAGUCUACUCCUUCUCCCUGGGGCCCGAUUGGCGGACUUCACAAGACCUCGGAUGGUCACGUUCGCGUCCACGACUCAUUUCCCAACCACCGACAUGGCAUACUCGAACUGAUGGGGUUGCCAUUGAAUGCAACUCGUGAUCAGCUUUCUCAGAAGAUUUCCUCUUGGGCUGCCGUUGAUCUUGAGAAUGUUGCCAUCGACAGCAAGCUUGCUACAUACGCACUGAGAUCCUAUCAGCAGUGGGACUCGUUACCACAGUCUAAAGCCCUCAUCGAUUUCCCCAUCUCCCUCAAACAGCUCACCAAGGGAGACAACACGGGUCUCCCGAAUCGACUGUUGACCGCUCAAGGCUCAGGAUGCCUUCGUGGUCUCCGGGUAUUGGACAUGAGUCGUGUCAUUGCUGCUCCUCUGUGUGGCAAGACGCUCGCUGCUCAUGGCGCAGAUGUUAUCUGGGUUACAUCACCCAACCUGCCUGACCUUCCCACCAUGGACAGAGACCUUGGCCGGGGCAAGCGCACUGUUCAAUUGGACAUUAAAAGGCCCGAGGACAAGGAACAUCUUCUGCAACUGAUCAAAGAUUGCGAUGUAUUCCUGCAGGGUUUCCGACCCGGCAGUCUGGCCUCCUAUGGACUAUCCCCAGAGCAGCUCCUCAAGGUCAACCCAAAUCUGAUCUUUGCCAACAUGUCUGCAUUUGGACCCGAGGGCCCAUGGUCUGGCAGGCGUGGAUAUGACUCACUUGUUCAGACUUGCUCAGGUAUGAAUAUUUCAGAGGCUGAACACGCGGGCGAGGGCGAAGCAGCGCGCCCAACUCCGUGCCAGGCUCUCGAUCACGCUGGCGGCUACUUUCUUGCCACAGGCGUUAUUGCAGCUCUUUAUCGACAGGCCAUAGAAGGAGGCUCUUGGAAGGUAGACGCCUCUCUCGCUGGAACGAUGAAGUAUCUACGCAGCUUGGGGCAAUACCCUGGGGCCACUGGAUUCGAGGCCAAGGAUUUUCAGAAGCCCGAUGAUGUACCACAACACUACUACGAGACCAAGGAUACUGGUUUUGGGGCCAUGCAGGCCAUUAGGCACAGUGCUACCGUCAAGGGUCAUCAAGUUGGAUGGGAUGUAAUGCCAAAGCCAUUGGGCUCGGACAAGGCAGAGUGGCUGUAG